CCAUCCAAGACUUUAGAGAGAUAACUACAACAUACCGAACUAUCGGUUUCUGCUUUAUGUCAAAUCACCUUCUACGACGAUCGAUGGAAAUGCGUCACGAGUCAACAUUUAUUUUCUAAAUAUAUUUAGUUAUUUAAUGUAAACAAUCGUAAACAAUAUCUCAGAUUGGCCGUUAGUCACGUAACUUUCACUCCGAGUAUCUCGUUUAAAUUCGUAACAUUUAGAAAAAAGAAGACGAAAAAAACCUCAACGAAUGUCGGCAAUUAGCGUGUGGGUGUGAAUGGAUAAGGUCUUUAGUAAUUCAACAUGCCGGGUAGAAGGAAACGCCAUCCACAGGAAGAAAGGAUUCGGACGGAAGGGGCGUCGUAUUUCUAACAUGAAUUUUCCGGGGAAUAUAGAACAUUCUGCUAGUUCGAUAAUUAUUGAUGGAUCUUCACAUUCCCUAUAAUCAUGGCCCAUCUUAAUUGUUUUUAUAUUUUUAUUCUUCUAAACGGAAUUUUAUUAAAGUUUUCGAAAUGUUGCACAUCCGAUUCUCAGAGACUGCACGUAUGCCUUAAUAUUUAUUUAGAGAGAGAUUAUCCUUCGGUCGAAGCCAUAUUAAAAGCGCAGAUCCAGAGUUCUAAGGAAUCCAGAGGUGGUCAAGUUUUGAUGGAAGGCCCAGAUUUAAGUUCCAUAUGCCAAAAAAUUGAUUCCUUGCAAACCUGUUUGUCCGAGGUUGCCGAAGAAUGUAACACUUAUUGGCACAUUUACAGAUUCGACAGAAUGAUGAGGAGUCUCUUGGCUCUUUAUAAUCUUCUUUGUGCAAAUUCUAAAGAUGGACUGAAAGCUGUAUUAACUUAUGCAAUGUGCAUUCGGAAUAUCGAGUAUGUAAAGAAUUGUGAGGAAGAGAGUUUUCACUGGGAUACAAUUUGGAAACAAAUGCUGAGACUUCAGAUCGAUGACGAAAUCUGUGAACCUUUAGAUCGUCAGAAAAAGUGUGUGGUUCGAUGGCUCGAAAAUCAUAGAAAAUGUGGAAUUCAAGCGUCCUAUGUAUAUAAUUUAACAAUGUCCACCUGGUUACAAGCUUGGUGCUCUGCUAGCUGUGAAAUUAAGUCAUCUACAAUAUUAUUGAUAAUAAGUUCAUUUAUAGCAUCUCAUAAUUUUCUCAUAUCACAUCAUUAAUAGUUUAAAGUAGUCUAUUAAAUAAUUAUAUUUUAACAUUAUUAAUAUUUGCAAUUAUGUUCAUUACUAUGUUAUUUUGUCAUACGUUCUUUAAAUCAUAACGCUAACUAAAACAUUAUACAAAGUCAAAAGUGAAUAUACACCUUUAAUUCUGAAGGAUUAAGUCAUGGUGCAUAAAUAUAUCAGAAAUGAAAUAAUUACCUUAUAGAAAUUAUUAUUUAAAAAUUAUCUAUGUUCAAAUAUUUUACAAAAUUAUAAACUAAAUAUUUUAAAAUUUUUUCUUUCUGAACGGGAAAAAUGAAGUCAAAAGUCUUAUACACUUGAAAUUAACAAAAAAAUUGACAAAGUUUGUCAAUUUUUUUGUUAAUUUCCCAACAAUUAAUAUUUUGUGGGUCUAUCUUGAUCUUUUACGACAGCUUUUAGUCUUAUUGGCAUACAAUAAACUAGUUUUUUUGUAUCUGUAACUGCAAUAGAAUUCCACACCUCUCUCAAUACUUUCUGAAGCGAGUAUUUGCGUGUAAGUUUCAUUUCCUAAUUUAUCCUUCAUUUUUCCUCAUAACUGUUUGAUCCAGAAUUAACUCUGGUAAUUGUUUUGGUGUAUGGUAGAGAAGCCAUUGCUUCACAGUUUCGGCUGUAUAUUUUGGAUCGUUGUCUUGAUGAAAAACCCAGGAGUUUUGCAGGCCUAAUUUCGUUAUGCUUUUGUUUAAAUUUGCUUUCAAUAUGUUUAAAUAGCCAAAGCGACCCGUUCGAGAGUCUACAAAAGCACGUUCUCCUACACUUGAAGCUGCCAUUCAUCCAUAAACCAUUCGGAAACCUCCACCAUACAGUACUUUACAGUAAAUACUAGAUUCUUCAGCUGAAUGAAGUUCAGAAUUUGUAGUUCACGAAACUUUUGAAUGUUUUGAGAAGCAAAUACCUCAAAUUUAUAUUUAUCUAGUAAAUAAUACAUUUUCUCCAUAUUCUGAAGAUCGUCUUUAAAUCUUCUUGCAAAUAACAAACGCUUUUGACGAAUCUUUUACUUAUUGUUGGCUUUUUUUCUAUGGUACACUGCCAUGAAAUCCAUGGGAAUUAUAUUCUCUUGAUGCUACUUGCACUUACUGGCGAUCCUUUCACAUCAGAGAUUUCAUGCGUAAGUUUAACAGUAUUAGUGUAUAGAUUCUGUAUAAUUUUCCGAACUACAGCAAUCUCAUCCAGAGUCCUUAUGAAUGAGAGCACAUUUUAACAUUUCAAGUACAAACCUAAAUCACGUAUUAAUCUUAAUACAGAACAUUACGGUUGCGUUUCAAAGUAGAUAAUUUCGGAAGCAAAUUAUUUCGAGUAAACUUAUUAUAAAAUGCGUAUACCACACGAAAUUAUGUAUUCGAUAGAAAUUCUAUGAGCCAACACAAUGGCGCAUAGUAUACGUGAGGUGCACCGAUGAUCUAAAUUUCGAAGAAACAUGCUAUUAUCAAUAUAGUAGAGCGUCGAUUAUCCGAAAGAAUUCCAGUCCGCAAAUUUAAAUUUUCGCGUGCUGUGGCGCUGCAAUCUUUGGCUAUCUCUUGGGCUACUCAAAUAUUUUACGUUUUUGAUGA